AUUUUCAGAAAUAUAUGCUGCUUUUUUGCCCGGAGUGCGGUUCAUCAUUGCAAGUUGAGGAGGGUUCCAAUUGUUAUCAGUUCACUUGUCAUAACUGUCCAUACGUACAACCAAUUACAAAACUUAUAAAGAGCCGUUAUUAUCCGAAGCUGAAAGAUUUGGACGAAGUGCUUGGUGGUCCUGGCGCGUGGGAGAACGCUCAAAUUACAGACGAACGUUGUCCUCGUUGUGCUGGUGAUCGAGCAUAUUUUAUGCAAUUGCAAACGCGUAGUGCUGAUGAGCCAAUGACUGUUUUUUAUCGUUGUGCCAAUUCGGAGUGUGCGCAUCGUUGGAAAGAAUAAUCAAUAUAAGCGUGUAUUGUUGUAGUUGUACACUUCUCGUGUUAUUAAAUUAUUUGCUAUGUUGACAAUUUGUCCAUCACGUGAAAUAAAUGGAACAUUUCAUGAAGUCUUUUUGUGAAAACUUAUUAUGG